AUGCCGAGGAGGAUUUGGUGGAGGGACAUUAGGGUUCGUCGGGCCUCCAUCAUGGCCCCACGACGCUCUUGGAUCUCGGCCACGGCAUCCAUGACGGGCCCACGCCCGUGGUCCUGCAUGGCGUGGUGGAGCGGGCUCUCGGGCACCUCGUUCGCUAUCAAGUUGUCGAUGGCCUCUGCAUUGCCGGUGGUCGGUCUCCAUCUGUACCCUAAGCCCUUGGAACUUUCGCAUCAUUUGCUUGAUAUUGUCACCGAGCUCCGAAAUCAUCGCGGCCCGAGCAUUAUCGUCCGACGAGCCCGGCCCGCUUCCUGCGACCCUCCGUUGGGCCGCAUUGGCCCGGACAAGCCCAUCAUACUUUUUCUUGAUGACGUGGUCAAGGUCGGUGUUGACCUCGUCUCUAAGCUCCUGCAUGGCGGCCGCAUUUUGCGCGACUUUUAUGUCCUCGUUCGACUCAUGCACCUGACCGUACAACUUAUCCAUGCUCUUCAUGUCCUCUUUCACAUUGUCCACUUCCUUGGCGAACAUCUCCAUACUGUACGGGCCGGGCCCCAUGCGGCCCGUCUCGAUGUCGGAGGCCGGUUUUCGGGGAUCUUCGACGUAAAUCUUGAACGAGCCGUCAAACGCGCCACGUGGAUUGAAAUUCAUUUGAAUGACUUGACAAGAAUUUUUGUUUUUCUGAGGGAAGGCAAACUAUUGAUGGAGCUUGAUUCACUGAUAUAUGGCAAGUGA